AUGGGUGCUAUUGCUGCUUUUGAAUGCGUUUGGUGGUUUCUCAAACGCGUGUAUCUCGGUGGUACGAACCAGCGUAACGUUUUCACGCUAGCUUUGAACUUCUGUGUGAAUUUCAGUCCCGUAUUCCUAUGGUUGUUCAUGUUCAAGAACGCUGGUGUCAUUCCAAACAGCUGGAGACCUCACAUUUGGGGCUCUCUCGCAUACUACUUGGACAACUACAUGUUCGGUGACUUUUGGCACUCGCUAGACUCGGAAACGCAGUUUUGGUUUUCGUUGUUCACGAGCAGUGUCGUUUGUGUUGUGUGUAUCGGGCUCCCGUUGCUCGCAUGGUACUAUAUUUACUUUAGAAAGCGUGCCAAGUUUAAUGUUUUCGACGACACCGACUGCUUGACGCAAAAUCCGUUGAACGGGGUCGCGAGGGUGCAGUUCAGUCCCUCGAGACUGCGUAUUUUGUUGGCGUUUGCGUUCCCAGCGUUCAUGUUUCUUGUGUUGAACAUCGACAACCUUUUGGCCAGCCAGGAUGAGAAGAACUUCACCAGGUUUAAGGAUAUCUUGGCGUGGGUUCUGUAUGUUAUCCUGCACUUGACGGCGCCAAUUCUCACUGGUGUGUACUUGUACGUGUUCCAUGCGCCAGGAACGUUGAAGUGCUUUUCGUUCGCGCUAGGCUUGCAGAAUAUCGCUGGGUUGUGCACGCAUAUGCUCCUGCCAAUGGCCCCACCUUGGUUCGUUCACAUGUACGGUGCCCACGACAAGGAACACUUGAACUACCAGCAGCAGGGCUACGCUGCUGGGUUGACCCGUGUCGACAUGCAUCUCGGGACCCAUCUCAACUCGAACGGGUUCCACCUCUCGCCAAUCGUCUUCGGGGCCGUGCCCUCGUUGCACUCGGCCAUUGCCGUCCAGUGCUUCUUCUUCCUCAUGUUCAGGUCCACAUUCACAAAGUCCGUGCCGGAAUCCAUCUCCCAUGGCAAUGGCAUUGAUAACGAUGACGAGAAUACUACUACUACUACUAAUAAUAACGACGACGACGAUGAGUACUACUACCAGCCCCAAGGACCGCUCACCAAGUCGACCCAGGGCACCCCAGAAGGUACCCCAGAGAGCCAGGAGCUAACUCCAUCCGGCACACCCGCAAUAAUACCCUUCGAGUUCGAAGAAGACGAGGACGUCGACCAGGACAAGUUCGGCACCCUUGGGUCCUUCCGCGCAUACGACUCAGACGACAUGGAAAGACUAAUAUCAUCGGACAGCGACUCGGAAGUGUCACCAGAAAACCUCGUCCAGGCUCUAGCUGCCCAGCAAAAACUCCCACUGCACAUCCUACAGUCCAAGUGGCUCUACGUCUUCCACAAGGGCUGGGUCCCCAAAUUCUUGGGAACCGUCUUCGUGUGCAUGCAAUGGUGGUCCACCCAGUAUCUAGACCACCACUUUAGAUUCGACUUGUUCGUAGGCGCCAUCUACGCCUCCAUAUCAUACAUCGUCAUCAACAAGUACGUCUUGCAACCUAAAGUCAUCAAGCCUUGGCUCCUCGUUAGAGCUGAUCCUUCCAAGGACACCAAGAACGAGUCAAGAACGAUGGGUAUGAGGGUGUUUGCUGGUACCAGCGCCGAAUGGUUCUUCGAUCCACUAAAAUAG